AUGACCACUGAAUCUGUAAAGAAACAAAAGUUGGAAUCAAGCGAAAACUUGAAAGUGUUUUUACGCUCUGACAAAGGCAAAUUACCAACUAAAGGGUCACUUUUGGCAGCUGGCUACGACUUAUAUGCAUCGGAAGCAACUACCAUACCGGCUCAAGGUCAAGGGUUGGUCAGUACAGACAUUUCAAUAGUAGUACCGGUUGGUACUUAUGGUCGAGUUGCACCACGUUCAGGAUUGGCUGUCAAGCACGGAAUCUCUACUGGUGCCGGGGUAAUUGACGCCGAUUAUCGAGGUGAGGUUAAAGUGAUUUUGUUUAACCACUCCAAAAACGACUUUGAGAUCAAGGCAGGAGACAGAAUUGCACAAUUAAUCUUGGAAAGAAUAGUCAAUGCAGAGAUCGAAGAAAUUAGUGAAGCUAGCUUGACCAGUACUGACCGUGGAGAAGGAGGAUUUGGGUCCACUGGAAAGAAUUGA